AUGGCAGAACCACCUCCACCACCACCAGCAGCAGAUGAAUCAGCAUCAUCAGUAAUCCCAGUAACGAGACCAAAUACUAACAGGAAACGGCUGCGCAGAAACGGCUGCGCCGAAACGGCUGCGCCGAAACGGCUGCGCCGAAACGGCUGCGCAGGAACGGCUGCGCAGGAACGGCUGCGCAGGAACGGCUGCGCAGGAACGGCUGCGCAGGAACGGCUGCGCAGGAACGGCUGCGCAGGAACGGCUGCGCAGAAACGGCUGCGCCGGAACGGCUGCGCCGGAACGGCUGCGCAGGAACGGCUGCGCAGGAACGGCUGCGCAGGAACGGCUGCGCAGGAACGGCUGCGCAGGAACGGCUGCGCAGGAACGGCUGCGCAGAAACGGCUGCGCAGUAACGGCUGCGCAGGAACGGCUGCGCAGGAACGGCUGCGCAGGAACGGCUGCGCAGGAACGGCUGCGCGGAAGCGGCUGCGCGGAAGCGGCUGCGCGGAAGCGGCUGCGCGGAAGCGGCUGCGCGGAAGCGGCUGCGCGGAAGCGGCUGCGCGGAAGCGGCUGCGCGGAAGCGGCUGCGCGGAAGCGGCUGCGCGGAAGCGGCUGCGCGGAAGCGGCUGCGCAGAAGCGGCUGCGCAGAAGCGGCUGCGCAGAAGCGGCUGCGCAGAAGCGGCUGCGCAGAAGCGGCUGCGCAGAAGCGGCAGCGCAGAAACGGCUGCGCAGAAACGGCUGCGCAGAAACGGCUGCGCAGAAACGGCUGCGCAGAAACGGCUGCGCAUAAACGGCUGCGCAUAA